UUGGAUUAUAGGAGUUUUACUUACUGGUUUUGCAUUAAAGUUUCUGAAAAAUUGUUUUUAGAUUCGGCACGAGGUAUUUUUAUCCAAGUAGUGGAUUCCGUAUGUGCAAUGUACGUUAAGCAUGGCCUAAUUCAUCGAGACAUCAAGGACGAAAAUUUGAUUGUGAAUAUGAUGAACGGCGAAGUGAAACUCGUAGAUUUUGGAGCGACAGCUUCCGCGGAAAAAGCGAUGAAGAAGGAGUUCCAAGGUACGCGAUCAUACUGCCCACCGGAAUGGUUCCGCCAACUGCAGUACCUGCCGUUGGAGGCGACUAGUUGGUCGUUAGGUGUACUGCUAUUUAUUUUGGUUACGGGACAGCUGCCAUUCAAGAAUGAGAUCCAAAUCUGCUUAGGACGAGUGAAAUUCCCGUCGUACCUAUCUAAAGAAUGUUGCCAAUUAAUAAAAUCAUGUCUGACGACGGCUGCUGGUUCACGUGCCUCGUUGACUACGAUACGACAGCAUCCAUGGGUUAAUAAAAAGAUGCCAGUGUAUACGGAAACGUUCGAAGCCGUACUGGAUCGCACGCUGGGGCGAGCACAAGCCCAAGAACGUUCACCGCGCACGCCAGCCGAAGAGGCUCGAGGAGCAGUCGAAGAGGACCGGCAAUUGAACGAUGUAAUCCUGACGAUGGAAAAAAUAGCUGCUGUUGCUGCAGACAAGCCAUUGUCUCCUCAGUCAGACCAAUCCGAUGCCCUGAGCAACUGUACAAUGGUCACUGCUGCCAGCACCAUCCAGUCUGGUGACGAGGCGCCGACGUCUCGCUUAGCUCCUCGAACACGGCUCAACUCCCGGUACGACAACAUGUCAUCAUCGUCGUUGGCUGAUUAUCUGUCUGUGACGAGCGCUGAAGUGAACUCUCAAGAACGGGCGUCGAUGCUUUCGGAUUCUGUGUCCGUAGCAACGACGGCGACAACCAACAUGUAUUAUUCCACGUAUGAUAUCAACGAGGAGGAAGAAAUGGAUAACUCCGUCUCGUCGUCGAUUUUGAAGAUACCGGUGAAGAGCGUGUCGGCUUACAAUCUGGCUGUCCGUUCUCGGAAACGAUCACUCGUAUUCAAAUCAUUCGAUCGUGAACUGGACACAGUACACGAGCAUAUCACACCUGAACACGUGCCACAUCCGAUGACGUCAUCGACGGAUUCAGAAGACCAGACGAUGAUCGUAGAAGAGCCGGCGCCGAAGCCUGAAGUCACGAACGUCGAAAACAACAACAACAACAACAACACGCCUCUACAUUUUUCCCGACAUCGACCAUUGCAGGUCGUUUCGGAUAUGUCGUCAUUAGGAAUUUUUCAAGCCACUCCCCAACAUUCACUGACCACAGUAGUAUAG